AUGGCUCCUCUGACACCUGCAGACAGCGAGAAACAUCAGCAACUCCUGGACCGUCUCGACAUCGCGCACGUCCAUCGUCCAUUCCGCAACCCGCACUGGAAGCCCUCUCAACGGCGCAACAAGAAUGUCAAACAGCUCAUAUCCGAGAGCUCGAGAAAGGAGGCCUCGGUGAUGGCCACACAGACCAACUCUGGAGCAUCGACGCCGCUCCCCGCCACCACCUCCGCCAGCACCGAAGGAAGCCAGACCCCUGCGGAGGGCGGCUCACGAACCAACAUCGCGCAAGCCGCGCAGAACCUCUCCACGCUGGUCCUGGAAAAGAACGCUCGCGCGGCCUUCUCCGGCCCUACUGUGACCUACACCAACAUCGAGUCCGCUCCGUCCUUGAACCCUUCCCAGCAGACCCGAUACUGCGACAUCACUGGCCUGCCGGCCCCAUACACGGACCCCAAGACGAGACUGAGAUAUCACGACAAGGAGGUUUUCGGCGUGGUCCGGACGUUGGGACAGGGAGUUCCGGAGAGUUAUUUGGAACUGAGGGCUGCACACGUUGUGCUGAAAUGA